ACACUUUUUGAAAUAUAUUUCAUUGAAAAAGUUCACAACUAAUUACAAUAUAAAGAUAUAAUACAUAGUUGAUUUUUUUCCUUUUUCUAUUGAAAAUAAAAAUAGAAAAAAAAAAAAAAUUCAUCAUGAAAUUCAUAAACUUAAUAUUUAUGCUGAUUUCGAUAAAUUUUAUAAGCUAUGAAGUAUCAGCAACAGGACUUGGUGAUCUUGAAGAAGUUUACACAUUAUUCAUGAACAUAUGGACAAGAGUUGAUGAAGGAAUUGAAGAAGCAAAUACUGGAAAAAAACCAAAAUAUCAAGCAACACUAUUUGGUGAUAAAACAUCAUCAAUGCUUGAAGCCUUGCUUGACAAAGUUGAUGAACUUUCAGUACAAAUGGAAACUAUGGAAAAUCGAUUGAUGGAUAAAAUGCAGGAAAUUUCAGAUGCUGUUAAAUCAGUACCAGAUAAAGUACGAAAAGAUCAGUUACUUACAAAAAUAUCACAUUAUAUAAAAUCAAUAAAAAUAAGCUACAAAGAAGUUAAAAAAUUAGGAAGUAAAAAAAUAACAAAAGUUAAAGCCAAAAAAAUUAUCGAUAAAUAUGUACGUGAAAAAAUUACUGAUGAUUUGAGGGAAAUUUUUAUUAUAGUAUUACCUGAUGACGAAGCUGAUGAAGAGAACGAUCGAAGUCUUUUAAAACUCAUGGUAACAUUGGAAAAUGAUGAAAAAGAAUCAAAAGAAAGAUGUGAUAAAAAAAAUUCGCCUCAACAAUUUCUUUAUCAAUUAUAUUUGACACUUGUUUCAACUGAAAUGAUUGGAUAUACAUCAUUAGCAUAUGGUUUUGCUAUCAAUGAACUAAUUCGUCCAGGUAAAAAAUGAACUUCAAUUUUAACAUAUUAAAAUAAAAAAUUAUAUCUAAAUAAAUAUUAAUUAUAUUUACAGAUGAGAA